CCUGGAAAAUAAAAGUCAAAAAGUUUGUUUUAGUUUCUCUCGUUAUUAUCGUUGUAAAUCUGCAAGUGUUUUAUACAUGUUCCUUGUGGUUAGAAGCUUUGCCCUAACCAAUCCGGGGACCAGGAGCCACUUUGGAUUUAAUUAUGAUAAGCAAGGAAGAGAUUGGAAUGUUAAAGAUGGCAAAAGACAAUCGCCAAUCGCUCUGUGGUCGUGCAAUAGCAUUACAUAUAAUGUCCCCCAACUGAAGUUAGUAAAUUACAAUAAGCUGUUGAGUGAUCAGUUGUCUGUGAUCAACAAUGGGCUGACAGUCCUCAUGAGGAUUCCGAACACGGUGGAGGGAAAGCAGCCAUCCCUCUGCAUCAGCAGUCAGGGUGGACAGGUCUUCGAGGCCCAGCAGCUGCACUUCCAUUGGGGCUCUGAAGAGAGCGAAGGAUCCGAGCACAACUUGGACGGGUAUUUUUACGACGGAGAGCUGCACAUAGUCCAUAAGAACUGCAAUUACAGAACCAACCAGGAAGCUGCUCUUCAUUGUAAUGGAUUUGCGAUCUUGGCUUUGCCCAUACGUUAUAUGGAGAAUCCGGAAAUACGAACGCCAGCCUUGAAUGAGAUCUGCAAGCAAGUCUCUAAGAUAUCCAAAGUGGAUGAUGACCAUCCGCUCGAGGAGCACAUGGCUUUGGGAGAUCUGUUUGUUGGCGUAGACACCCAGAAAUACUUCGUUUACCAAGGUUCCCUCACCACUCCGCCCUGCGCCGAAGCAGCUAUCUGGUUUGUUUUUCAAACCCCCUCUAAGGUGCCCAAGGAACAUUGGAAGAACUUUUGGCAACUAAGGGAUUCCCGUGGCCAGCUUGUCCUUAACACCUAUAGGGACUUACAAGAUGACCAUAACCGACUUGUUUAUCGAAGUAGAGGCAAAUUACUGAAGCCUUGCAUGUAAAAAUGUAAUAUUGAUGGUAGCCAUGCGAAAUAAAAUUGUUUAAAGUGCAUUUGUUGAUUGAUGCAAAAGCUUA